UCAGCAGCAUAUUGGUGUCGGCUUGUUCACUUGGUCAGAUGGUAUCGCGGGUUCUCUAACGAUAUAUAUAUAUAAAUUUUUUAUUUAAGAAUAAAUAAUAAAACGGUCAAGAUGAGUUCUGGAAUGCCAGAACUUGGCUCUAAGAUCAGCUUAAUAUCUAAAGCUGAUAUUCGUUAUGAAGGAAGACUUUUUACUGUUGAUCCUCAAGAAUGUACUAUUGCUCUCGCUAAUGUACGUUCGUUCGGUACCGAGGAUCGGGACACGAAAUUUCCGGUCGCUCCACAAAAUCAAAUUUACGAGUACAUUCUCUUCAGAGGCUCUGAUAUAAAGGACAUUCGGGUUAUCAACAAUGUCAACACUAUUCCUAAUGAUCCGGCGAUUGUUCAGAUGACAGUUCAACCAACGAUGAACCAACAGUCAUACCAACCGCAGCCUGGAUAUGGACAUCCGAUGAUGGGUCAAAUGCCUCCAAUGGGUGGACAAUAUGGGCCGCCGUAUGGCAUGGCCAUGGGAGCAAUGGGUCCAGUAAUGACGAUGCCUCCAGUUAGAGAUCCUCGAGGAACAAUGAAUAAACCUCCAAGUGAGUUGACCUCAGGACCCAUCGAUUCCAACGUCAUCAAUAUCCCCAAUACACUGCCGACGGCCAACGUCAAGCCGUUGACAAAAGAUCAAUCUCUUGAAGAUGGUGUUAUGGAUCUAAUAAGUGGCUCACGUUCAACGACACCAACAUCUUCAUUGCUUACUAGAAAGAGCCCAACAAUGGAUCAAGGAACCCAAGUAGGACAACAGCAACAACAAAAACAAUCUGUUGGAAAAGCUGUUGAGAAACCUACUAAUCGAACUGUACAUUCACAACAACAUCGUGAACGCGACACACAAAAUCGUGCUCGGACUGGCAGUGGAAUGUCACAUUACAGCGACGGAAAACGUGAUGUAGUUACUCAUGAUAAUCAGAUGCACAAUCAAAGACAUUCUCGUGGCUCUCAUGGAUCCCAAGGUUCUCAUGGACCUCAGGGUGGUCGUGGCAGUCGUGGUGGAUGGAUCCCACGUGGUAACGUUUCACGCGGGCGUGGACGAGGACGUGGUGGUGCUUUUCCACAAAAUCAAGCGGGUAAUGCUGGUGGUAAACCUAAAAAUACUUUGAAAUUCGACAAUGAUUAUGAUUUUGAACAAGCAAAUACUGAAUUCGAAGAACUUAGAUCUCGAUUGGCUAAAACAAAGAUUGAUGUGGGUACAGAAAAUGAAAAGAAAGAUGACAGCGGAAAUGAGACAGGCGCUGGUGAGGGAGAACCUGAAGAAGAAACUGAUGUUGUUCAUUAUGACAAAGCUAAAUCGUUCUUUGAUAAUAUUAGCUGUGAAGCUGUUGAGAGAAGUAAAGGAAGAUCUCAACGUACGGAUUGGCGAACAGAACGUAAAUUGAAUUCAGAAACAUUUGGAGUAUCAUCAACAAGACGUGGUGGUUUCCGUGGUAGAGGCUACUAUAACCGUGGAAUGGGUGGUGGUACAUAUCGCAAUAAUAAUACUGGACCUGGUGGACCACUAGGUGGAGCAAAUGUUGGAUCAGGUGGAUACCGUGGAAAUUAUCGAGGAAAUCGAGGUAACAAUUCGGCUAAUCGUAAUAAACGAGGGCAAAAUCACGGUAGUAACAGUAAUGGUGGACAAAACGGUCCUAUCAAUAAUCAAAGUACAAGUCAAAAUCGUCUUGUUACUGGUACCGCGUAAAAGUGAUUAAAUUUAUAAAUAUAUACAUGCAAAUAUAUGUAUAUAUAUAUCUCCCCUGAACCCAAUACAAUUAUUAUUAAUCACUAGAACGGGAUUAAACAUACAAUUAUAAAUAAACAACGCGAUACUUUAUAAGUAUUUACUUAGCUUAAGAUUUUUACUGUGUGUGCGGUGUUACAAUAGCAAGAGAAAUAAAAAUAAUCGAAAGUAAGAUAAAAUAAUAAUUUUAAUUAGUAUUUCGAUUCAAUUAUUAUUAAUGUGGAUUUAAUGUCAUUGUAAAAAAUAACAAAAAAAAACUUUGACAUUGCGAAAAAGUAUACAGAAUUUCGUAUUCUAUAAAUUUAUUUAAAAUGAUAAAUAUUAUUGCGUUUAUAAUUUUAAAAGUAGCCAAGAAUAUAAUCGUCAGCCGCGAUAUAAAUGCAUUAAAUACUUUUGAAGUUACAUUUUUUUUUUAUUACUAUUAAUAUUAUCGAUUUAAUUAUGUUAUAUUUUUCUUUUUUUUGGUUUCAUCAGUGAAAAGUAUUUAGAAUAUCAUCGGUAAAUAAAAUGAAGAAUAAGAAAAGGGUUUUGGAGAGAAAUUAAGUAAUUAAAAAUGAACGAAUAAAUUUAUUCUUCAGUGUUUUAAGUUGUAAAAAAUAUGAGAAAAAAAAAGAAUAAAAAUAUUAAAAAAUUCCAAUUAAAAAUAAAAAUAAAUAUAAGACAUGUACUGAAUAGAAGCAGAUUUGAUUUGACUCUCCUGUAAGUAGAAUUUGAUAAUAAUUAAGGCAUAAAAUAAUAAACAAUAUAUGUUUAUAUAAGCGUAUAUUUGUUUUAAAAAAAAAAAGGAAGGAUUUACUAUGAUGGAAAUAUUAGGUGUAGUUGGAUUGUAUCCGCUUUGACGGAAGUCGAUGGAUUGUUUUAUUGCCAAGGAUUGUUAUCAAUCAAAUCUGUCUCCUUAUAAUUAUCAAUAAAUAAUUUUGAAAUAUUUUGAAUAAUGUAAUUAUAAGUUAAUUAAUUAAAUAAAAAUUGUAUGACGUCGUAAUGCGCUGUUCUCUCGUAAAUACUGUUUAUAAAAAAAAAAAUUAAUAACAAUAGUAAUAAUACAAUGCUCGCAAUCAUUAAACAUUGAUUGCUUAUCAUGAACUCGCAUGAAUUAACGUAUUGGAUGUGAUCAUUGACCGAGUGAAAUUAUCAAUCGGUAACGUAUUUUCUCUGAGAAAAUUAAAUGUAAAAUUAAUGUCAUGCUUUAUACUAUAUAUAUAGAUAUAUAAUAUGUAACGGUGAAAUGUAAAAUAGGAUAUAAAUAAAUAUUAAAAAAGUAAAAUUGAUAACAAUUAAAAAAAAAUUAUAAAUAAUAAGAAUGAUAUGAGCAGUGUGUCGUGAUAAUAAAUUUUUCAAAAUUAUGCCACGUGUUACAAUGGUAUUACUGAAAAUUAAUUGCCAAUAAAUAAAGUUAAAGAUUUGUCUUAAUGAGAUUUCAAAAAAUAAUUAUCGAGUUUAAAUUA